AGAGAAACAGAAACAGCAUAGAGUACAAGAAAGAGAAGCAGAAGCUCAAAGAGUAGAGAGAGAGAGAGAGAGAGAGAGGGGAAAAUGAGCAGCAUAGGCACAGGGUACGAUCUGUCAGUGACCACAUUCUCGCCGGACGGUCGCGUAUUCCAGAUCGAGUAUGCCGCAAAAGCCGUCGACAACAGCGGCACCGUCGUCGCCAUCAAAUGCAAGGACGGCGUCGUCAUGGGAGUGGAGAAGUUGAUUGCUUCGAAGAUGAUGUUGCCGGGGUCCAACCGAAGAAUCCACGCCGUUCAUCGUCAUUCCGGCAUGGCUGUUGCUGGACUAGCUGCAGAUGGCAGGCAGAUAGUGGCACGAGCAAAAUCUGAAGCAACUAACUACGAGAGUGUGUAUGGUGAACCCAUUCCUGUAAAAGAACUCGCAGCACGUGUUGCGAGUUAUGUGCAUUUGUGCACUCUCUAUUGGUGGCUCAGGCCUUUUGGUUGUGGAGUAAUUCUGGGAGGUUAUGAUCGUGAUGGGCCACAGCUCUACAUGAUUGAACCAUCCGGCAUAUCCUAUAGAUACUUUGGUGCUGCCAUUGGAAAGGGAAGGCAGGCUGCUAAAACAGAGAUUGAAAAAUUGAAGCUUUCAGAAAUGACCUGCCGACAAGGUGUUAUUGAGGUGGCCAAGAUUAUUUAUGGGGUGCAUGAUGAGGCCAAGGACAAGGCAUUUGAAUUGGAAAUGAGUUGGGUCUGCGAUGAGUCAAACCGUCAGCAUCAAAAGGUCCCAGACUCUCUGUUAGAGGAAGCCAAGGAGGCAGCUAAAGCUGCACUUGAAGAAAUGGAUGCAGAUUAGGUUGCUAGAUCCCUUUUCCCAGCCUUUCCCCCCCCCCCCUUCUGUUUCUGCUUGCAGUUACGAUCUAAGAAUAUGAGAAAUUCAAAGAAGGCAACAAUCGUAUUCAACUAAUCAAAUUGUACUAAACCCUUUGAUCAUCUGGUAGACUAAACUUGUGAUGAUAUGCAACUUCCACAGUUUCAUUGUU